AUGCCUAACCGAGAAGAAGAGGUGUCGACCAGCAGCGAAAGUUCAACGCCAGAACAGGUACUGUCACAGGGUUUGUCUUUUGAUCGAAAUUUGAAUCUCUUUCGGGUGAUGCUUGCGAAAAGUGACCGUGAGUUUGAGGUCGAGCGGGAAAUCCACAGCCGUCCACUUAGCCAUGUGCAUUUCAUAUUGUUGUCCUUUCUUUCUCAAAAUCCAUGAACCUUCUUCAUUGCACACAAUGAAGAAUUCGAUCACACUUUGUUAGGCAGAGAGCCUUAGGAGGCUGCGAAACUUUCACACACUUAAGAGUCAUUUUAAGGGGCAAAUUCAGUUUUUGACAGUCCUGCACGAAAUGAAAAAAGAUACAUAAGGUUUAGUAGAGAUGUUCAUUGUGCAACACCGUACUGUCGUCGUAAAGCUCUUCUGUGUGGGUCAGAUAUUUAAUUGUAUUGAAAUCUUCAGCUGCAGUUUAUGAACAGUACACCCGCGGAACUUUUUAACAUCGCAUUAAACAAAAAUUCCAAGAUGUUAGCUCAUAAAGGUAUAAUGAGAAGUUAGAUUUUAAUCACUGUUUCAGUAAAAGCUAAAGACAUUCUAAAUUUGUUUGUAACUACCACAGUUGUCAUCUUUAGAUUAUGUAUAAGUUGUAAAUAUGCUUUACUUACCAGCACAAGGUUUGCAUGGCCAGAUUAAUAAUAAUAAUAAUGACAGUUUAUGCGCAGUUUCGCGACAUAGUAGCCAUACAUCUGUGAAUUUACCAACGAAGGAAAUAUAACUAGCAAUAGUUGACACUAAAGCUGCCCCCGUUCUGUAUAUUGUCGGUCAAUAGUAUUCUUUCUGGUUGUGUAGCUCUUUGAAAUAUACCGAUUCAUAAUGAAGAUUUUCACACAUAUUCCAUACAAUAGGUGAGAUAAAUACAGGAAACGCAAGGUUCAGCUCGAUUUCCACAGCUUUGAUCAAAACAUUCUCAGUUUCGAGAAAAGUUUAUUCUAAACCAUAAGAAAAGAUUUAAUUAGAAGAUGAAUUUUUCACUAUUUCUCUUUCACUUUUUACAUUCAGUUCAUUUUAUAUGCCGGAAAGUAAGCCUUAGAAAUUAAAAGGACGUUUGAUCGAUUCACGCUCGCGCAUUCUAGUCUUACUUGAAACUUUAUAACGGAAGGACAUCUGUGAGCAGGGAAUAAGUCAUCACAGAAUUUGAUUGUCGGCGAAUUUCUGUAAUUGUCCAUCAAUCUGCUACUGAUAAGCUAGCCGUUGUUCACUCGUCUUGCUUGUUUGGGGCUGAGUCUUAUGCCGCAAAGAGAGAGAAAGAGUGUCUGGCAAGGUUUCCAAUAUAAAUCAAAGAUUUCUUAACUCGUGUCUGGCAAACUCUCCAAGUGUUUAUAUAUACACAGUUUAACGCACCUUAUAACCUCAUCUGCACUUAACGUGUGUCUUUUGGUUCAUAACUUUCAAAACAACUGCUCCACAGAAUGUCACUGCGUAACGCAAAAGAGUAUCGAAGUAUGACUGCACUAUAAAUGUCACAAAAUCUACCUAAGCGGUCCCUUCGGGAUUUUCUGUCUUUACGUCAUCCUAACCAUUUCGUACUUGCGGGCGCAAACAAUAGAAACGUCAUCAUUACCUACCGAUUCCUCGCGGCCCCUGUUCGAGCAAAUCGAGAUUUUUUCUAGUAUACUGACUGUAUAUUUGAACUGUAAGUACUGUCCUUAAUAUACGCGCGAGUUACUAGGGUGCCUCCUUGGGAUUUCGCCUCUGGGCGAAAUCCCUGCGGGGGCAAUUAUACAUUAAUUUAAAAAACCAUCAACAAGAAAAAGCAUUAAAAACAAGAAAAUUAUAAUAAUUUUAAAUAUUAUAUAAAAAUCUAUUUGCAAGUAAAAAGCAAUCACAUUUGAUUUCAGCUAGUCUGAGCUGUGCCCUUUCUUUAAAAACAUUGAUAACUAAUUAAUAAUGACUAUGGAAAUCUGAAAAUUUAUUUUUACCUUCAACUCGCUUUUGUUACAAAGCAAAGGAUUUCAGAAAGCGUAUAUGCUAUAUUAGUUUCUUGUAAUUUUUUUAGAAGGGUGUGGUAUUGAAGCAGUUUUGUAUGGGAUAGGGUAUAGAAAUCAGAGAGUCUGGGUCUACAUUGUGGGAUCAUUUUUCACUGGUUGAAAAUUUUAGUCUAGACUAGGGAAAUUGGCAAAUUUAUUUUUACCUUCAACUCGUUUUAAUAACAAAGCAAGCAUCAUUAGAUGGGAAUUAGUGACAUACUCUCUCUCUCUCGCUCCACAGGGAAGGGUAGGAGAGGACCCUGGGAAUGAGGUUGAAUUAGUGACUCCAGGAUUGGGAGGAAUUUGGGGAGUUUAGUCUUGUUUGGGCAGUGAUUUUAUUACAAAUAGUUAUGGUGAGUCCUGGUACUCAUCUUGCGAAAAAUCAUAAGUCCCUGUCCAUAACCAAUGAGUCCCAGUUCACAAAAACAAGGAGUUCUAAAUUGAAAAUGCUUGGGCCUUUAUGUAACCAGUCAGUUAAUCUGGAGACAGACGCCAAAACUCUUUAUUACAGUUUACUGAAAUUAAAAUAUAGUCCUUCUAUACAACUGUAUAUUUAAAGCACAAAAAAGACUAAAAUAAAUAUGCAUCUUUUAACAACAGAUGAAAUCACAAAAACAGUACAUUCUACCAAAAAAUCUUCAGAUCGACUGAUCAUUCUUUCCAUCCUACGGGACACAUGCAGUAAAUUAUUAUUUUGCACCUUGGGCGUGCAAAGAAAGUCAUUUCUGAUAGCCCGGGGCUAGUGGAUUUUGGUAUCGGGCUAAUGAUUUUUGUUCUUAACUUGCCCGACGGGCAAGUGCUGUUUUUUGGGGAAAUUCAAAUUACAGAAGGACUGUAAUAAAUCCAGCUGAUCAAAAAGGGUUUUGGGGCUAGUUGAAAUGACUUGUGGGCUAGUACAUGCUAGCUACAGCUUGCCCGAAUGGUUUCCAAUAUCCUUGUGGCACAUCACCACCCAAAAAUUCCUAAAAGUACCUUGCAUCUUGGCUUUUUUUCCAGCCUCCCUUCCCUAGUUAAAUACUAUGAAUUUGCCGGUACAUCAUGACUCAGUUAGUUCCAUACACUCCUCUGGACAUCCACCUAAACUCUGAGUUUAGCAGUUCAUAAACCCAACAUGUUAAAAGAAAUCAUUUUACACCCAAAAUUGCUUGUCCACAGAAUACCCAUAAGUGUAUAUCAUACAGGGUGCAAAGAAAGUCAAUUUUACAGCUUGCCAUUCAAGCAAGCUGUCGCUCCAACUAGCAUGUACCAGCCCUAAAGUCAUUUCAGCUGGCUCCAGUUACGUUUUGAUGAGCAAGAUUGAUAACUCAGUUCUUCUUUACUUUGAAUCCCUCAAAAAACUUCACUUGCUGAUCAGGCAAGGUAAGAAAAAAUUUGCUAGCCCCAUAGCAAAAUCCACCAGCCCCAGGCUAUCAGACACAAGUUUUUUUGCAUGCUGUCAUACCAACUUCUGUUUUCAGUUUUGUGGGGAACCUGUUUUGGCUAUGAUCAAUUUCAGGUGCUAAAUAUUUCUUGUGACAUACACCUAACUGUAAAUCUGAGGAAUGUUUAAAUGGUUUUCUGUUUAGUCUGGAGAUGAAGUUGAAGAAUCCGCUCCAAAAUCCAAAGGCCGGAAGGCUGCUGCAGGUUAUCAACCCACUCCAAAGGGAUAUGAAGAGAAAGUGGUAAGAAGUUACUAAGUAGUCACUAAUGACAAGACAAUUCACUGAGUCAAUUUUAUAACACAAGUUGGAUUGCCAUAUGCAUACUCUUUGUAGAAAUAGAGGUUGAGUCAAGUCGACUCCAUGUUUUCUCAAACAUACCUUCUAAUGAAAGGUUAAGGUAAAAAGAGGUAAUAUCAAGAACCCUUAUUUUGUGUUGGUAACUCAAAAUAGUCAUCUGACUAACAAACCUGAGGCCAACUGUGAGCUCAUUUUACCCCUCUGUAUCAGUACUCCAUUUUACGGGCAUUUAAAGCUACUUAAAGCAACACAGACAGGACUCGGGACCUCCUGCACAGAAGGUUGCUCACUAACCAACUGGGCUAAUCCUUCCUUCGAAUAGAUUAGUAAUUUUAUGAUUAUUAGGUACAGCUUUGAUGGAGUUUAUCUCAUUUUAAUGAUAUUACUAUACCUUAUUUCAUUUUAGCCCACUUGUAUAUAAACAAACCAGCCAUGUAAAAUGUCAGUAGAUUAUAUUCUAAUUGUUGGUUAAUAUAAGGCAUGAGAUGGUUACAGUCUUAGUCUCUUCUUUGUAAUGGAAAUAAAAAUAUUAUUAUUAUUAAGUUUGGUGUGUCAGGGUUGUCAGAAAGUUUUGAAGUAGAUGGCUGAGUUGUCAAAGUAAGCGGCCAGUCCAGGGAUAUUUUAUUUUAAAAAAAAACACCAUCUGUAAAGAAAUGCUAAGCAGUGUAGCUGGCCGAUACUGACCAAGUAGGCAGCGAUUUUCGCCGGCAGCAGGCUACUUUCUACAAACCUGCUUGUACAUGUAUGUGUAGUUAACUGGAAAAUUUGGUAUUUGCUUUUUUCUUCUGCAGGCUGCUGACAAGGCCACAAGGUUUAAUUACCUGCUACAGCAGACUGAGAUCUUUGCUCAUUUUAUGAACACAACAAGAUCAAAGAAACAGCCUUCCAGUCCUUUGAAAAUGAAGGCACCGCAGUUUCCAAGCAGAAGUAGAAAAUUGUCUGAUUGUGGAGAGUAAGUGGAUGUUGAAGUUUUUAGAUACAGUCAAGUACCUUUCACUCUUGCUGGUUCAACAGUGUCCCAAACCAAAAUUUUUAUAAUAUCCCAAUUUUUAACUUUGUCAAACUCUAAAAAGAACUACACUGUAACUUGGUGUAACAAAGGGCCAAGGGAUCAGUAAAUAAUUAUGUUCAAUCUUACGGAUUUCUGUGUUACUGAAAGCCUUGGAUUGGAUUUUUGAUUUAUAAUGUUACACUUUUUUUUCAUUUAAGUCAUCGGCAUCGUCGCACAGAACAAGAAGAAGAUGAAGAGUUGAUCAGCGAAAACAAGCAUGCACAAAAGUCUGUCAUUCAUUUUGAUCAGAAUCCACACUGUAAGUAACUUGUGUUACCUGUACGCUCAAUGUUUUCACAAGUCUGAGUCUUAGAUAAUGAUCCAUGACACCAUAACCAAUUAAAUUUACCUAGGAAAAAAUUACCUGCAGCAUGUACAUUUGCUUAAACGUUUUUGUAAUAGGUUUUUAUUUCUUUCUUUGUCCCUUUGGCAUCCCUUGGGCUAAUUAUAGUGCGGCAUCUCCGGAAAAAGUACAGCAAUGGCAAGAUCAUUGUGUCUGUAAUGAAAUGUUUGAGGUCUUUGUUAGGGAGGACUAUCUUUGAAUCUCUCCUCUGGUGCCGAUAUACAUAUACCUGCAUUAUGCUAUGCACAGUAACGUUGUACAACAAGUUAGUUAAAUUAAUGAUUGGCAGUGACAAAACAAUUUGAAUAUUUUGCUUUGCAGAUAUCAAAAAAGGUGAAAUGCGAGAUUAUCAGAUUAGAGGUCUCAAUUGGCUGAUUUCACUAUUUGAAAAUGGAAUCAAUGGAAUUUUGGCUGAUGAAAUGGUAAAAUAGAAUAGUUACAAUAUGUUAUUCUACAUCUACAGAAAAGAAUCCUUCUUGAUACCUUUUUUUCUGCUCGGUUUCUUUUUGGAUCCUUGGUGCAAGAAUAAUACAUCAGUCUUUCAUACACAUACUUGCAUUUUCACAAAAUAUAUGUGGUCAUUUUUCAUUUAACAUUUUUCAUGUAUGUAUUUCCUUUUUAUUUUAUUUAUUUGAUUUUUUCCUCUUUUAUACUAGCAGUAUUUAUGUUCUCGAAGAUAUUAGCCUUUCAGGCUACGCUGAAAUUCGAGUAUAAAUAAAGUUCAUGUAUGUAUGUAUAGUGGUUUUUUUUUAAAUUAACACACAUAGUGCCGAUUUAGAACCAAUCUUUCCAGUCCUCAACAGUAGCUCUAGCUAUAAGACCAGGACUAGUAUAAAUUGGGUUUGGGCUUUAAAAUGUGAACACUUCUAGGAACCAGAAUUACUUUUGAGGAAGUUAGAAAGUUAUAAAACAGCAGUUUUUCUAUUUGUGCAGGGUCUAGGCAAGACUUUACAGACCAUUUCCCUUUUGGGCUACAUGAAGCAUUUUCGGGAGAUUCCUGGCCCGCACCUCGUGAUUGUUCCAAAGUCCACAUUAACCAACUGGAUGUCAGAGUUUGAGCGGUGGUGUCCAACCAUCAGAGCUGUGUGCUUGAUUGGUACUCAGGAGCAGAGAGUAAGUGAAAAACUACUGUUUAUUCAGCUGUUAACAGUUAACAUGCCAGAACAAGUGGGCCCAGAAUUUUCAUUGUCAUCUUGUUUUGUUCAGUAUUCAGUAUUUUACUCUUCAAACAGUAGAAAAUUGAAAAUAUAUAUAUAUUUUUUUUACAUGUUUGUUAAUGAGCUAUUUUCCCUCUGCAUCUGUAGGCAGCAUUUAUUCGUGACACCAUGUUACCAGGAGAGUGGGAUACAUGUAUUACAUCUUAUGAAAUGGUGAUCAGAGAGAAGGCUGUUUUUAAGAAGUUUGCUUGGAGAUACAUCAUCAUUGAUGAAGCACACAGAAUCAAAAAUGAAAAGUCUAAGGUAAGAUAGAAGACCUCUCUUGGUCCCUGUGGCCAGUUUACAUGAAGUUGUGGCUCAAUAAUAGUACUUUGACCUGGUUGAUAGCAGGCAUUCAUUUAUGACAGGACUUAAGAGUUAUAAUAAAACUCCUUGACCACAUUUAUAUACAGCUGUACAUGCAAAUAGGAAGCCAGUCUGCUUAUUGCCAGUUGUUUUUUACAGUAUUAAGUUGACUUAUGUUUAUAUUAUAGUGAACACCAUCAAAAAACAGACAGCAGAUGUACAUUGCCAAUAUAGUACACGCUACUUUAAUCUUUGGUUUUGCAGGGUAAAUCUGAUUGUUCAUCUUUUAAACUGUUUGGUUUUAGCUGUCAGAGAUUGUGCGAGAAUUGCGGUCAACAAAUCGUUUGCUACUGACAGGCACUCCAUUACAGAACAAUCUUCAUGAACUUUGGGCACUGUUGAACUUCUUACUACCUGAUGUCUUCAGCUCAGCUGAUGUAAGUCCUAGAUGUAUGCAAUGCAUGUAACUCUUACAGACCAAAAAAGGAACAGUUUAUUAUUCUUUUGCCUUUGAAGAGUAGUGUGAUUAUGUGAGUGCUAUACUUGAACUGGCACAAACAACCACCUGUAUGCCUCAAGUGAGAAAUAUUUUUCUUUGCCAUCAUCCCAUAGCUAUACUGUUCCUCACACCUCUAACUACUCUAACUAAUGGAAAUUGUCUUCAGUCCCAAAAGUGGGAAAGUAUUAACUCCUUUACAACGGCCGCCAUGUUGCUGUCCCAAACCAGUCCUGUGGGAGUUGAACUCUCUUUUUAUGCAAACGCUUUCUUUUGUUCCAAUAAAUUUGCAUAGAUGCUGGCCACGUGAGUGAAAACACUCUAUGUUCAGUUCUUACUUGCAUGCAUAUAUAUUCUUUUUAUUGUUAUUUAUUUAUUUAUUAUUUUUUUAAUGCAUUAUCUUUUGUUUCUUGUAAAGUAAUGCAGUUGUAGUGCACAGCUGAUCAUUCUCAUGUUAAGCUGCACACAAUAAGUUCAUAAAUUAUUAUUAUAAUUAUUAUUAUUAUUAUUAUUAUUAUUAUUAUUAUUAUUAUUAUUAUUAUUAUAAGUGCUACAUCACCAUAAAAAAGAAAAAGAAUUCACAGAAAGAGGUAAAAAUAAAAAAAAGUUUGAAAAUGUCAGGUCAAACUAUUAUAACAGUACAGUGGUAGCUUAAUAAAGUUGCCCCUGAUUUCCAAGUAGUGCACUGAGUAGGAGUUAUAUUAAUUUAUUACAAUAAUUAUUUAUAACAUCAGACAGCUACACCUGUACCUCUUUAGAGCUGCCACCUACUGCCAUGUUGUCCUCAUAGUUAUUGUCAAUUGUGUAGAGUUAUGACUCUAUUUUCCAUUUGCUACUGUAGGGGUGUUUAGUUUUUGAUAGAGAAAAAGCAAGUCUUGGCAAAGCUAGUUUACAACCCUACAUUGCUAGUUGUUCUACACUGCCUCUUUCCCUGUCACCAAAAAGCCAUUUGUAGGCAUUCCCCUUUUGCAGGUUAUGCAAUAUGUCACUUUCAUUCAGUAAUGAUUUUGACUUUCUUUUCUCAGGAUUUUGAUGCAUGGUUUAACACUAAUUCUUUGGUGGAAGAAAAGCAGCUUGUGGAACGUCUUCACUCAGUAAGUACUCAGAGGUUGUCAGGUUGUUCUCUAGAAGUGCCUGGCAGCUGUCUGUGACUAAAAUUAGCCACUGACAUGAAAUUAUGACUAAUUAUGUGUUGUAUCUUGACUUAACCUUCAGGUUUUAAGGCCAUUCCUUCUACGUCGUCUUAAAGCUGAUGUCGAAACCAGACUUUUGCCAAAGAAAGAGACCAAGAUUUAUGUAGGGCUGACAAAGAUGCAAAGAUAUUGGUAGGUUAUUCUUUAAGGUGACAAACUUUUAUUUACAGUUGGAAAUAUUUAUGGCUCAAAGACUAGUCAGCUAGUUAUCAAAUAAAUGUCAAUUUAAAGAAGUGCUCCCCCAAAAGUCUGUAGGCUGACAGUCAGUUAACUUUAAACUCUGACAGUCUGCCAACAGAUAACCAACAGUUGGCCAAUAGUCAGUGGACAGAUUUUUGGGGAAGCUGUUCCUCAGUUUUUACCCAAAAGAAAUGUAACAAAAUUAGGAAUCCCAACUCCCCUAAGGAAAACCUGUUGACUAUUUGCAAUCUCUAGGAAGUCCAGCUAGUGGUCAGAGUGAAACUUUAAAUUGGGCCGCCUGAUUACAUGUUCAGCCCUCUGCUCACUCACCCUUGUUUACCCACCUUAGCUGUUCUUUGAAGCAAAUAUGUAGCUGUUACUUUGUAAUAAGAAACAAUGGGUCAUUCGGUAAUGAUAAAAGGCAAGAUAGCCACAGCGGUUUAUAAGUAAAUACUUAAUAAUCUUCCCUUAUGGAGCUUUUCAGUGAUAAUGAACCAAAUAAUUUUAAUUGAACAUAACAUGGUUAAGAAUCCCAACUGGUUGGAGGCGAACCGGUUGGCUAUUUUAAAAGUAUGGCAGAGGAUUUAGAUUUGAGACUACCCAGAACAAACUCAGCUAACAGUUAGGGCAGGACUUAAAUUCGGGGCCUCUGGAUUACAAGUCCAGUGCUCUAACUGCUUGGCCACACUGCUCUUAUGAGUAAUCAUGGAUCUUAUACUUCCAUUUCCGUGGCAUAACUAACAAGAUGGUUGUGCAAUAACUGAUGUAACAUUUUUAGGUACACCAGGAUCUUAAUGAAGGACAUUGAUGUGGUGAAUGGAGCUGGCAAAUCAGACAAAAUGAGGCUUCUGAACAUUCUCAUGCAGCUUCGCAAAUGUACAAAUCAUCCGUAUUUAUUUGAUGGAGCAGAACCUGGUAUGUGCUUGCUCCUUCAUAUCAUCAGUAGUAGUGUCACUGUUCAGGGAAAUUGUAAGCACCCACUUAGGAAUUGAAAGUGGUGAUUAAAACAAGAUCUUUGUAAAGGCAUGAGAAGGUUCUUGUUUUCCCAGAUGUUGCUUGUAAUGUGUUAGUGCACUCGUAACAAGAAUUGAAGUUACAGAGUACACAAGUACAAACUAAGAUUCUUGUUUUAUGCUCACCAUCUUACCAUCCUUGAGACCAAGAGGUUGUUAUUAAAUCAGGAGAAAUGUUCAGGGUCUAAAUCAUUAAAGGCAAAGUUUACUAGAGGAACAGGUUAAAAGGUUAAAGGCUUGUUUAUAGUGGAAAGUGCACUUACGUUAUCCAGCUGGUUUACAGGCAUUCCACUCAAAUAAUAGAAACAAAUAAAAACCCCAAGAAACCAAUAAAAACCCCAAGUGUCAGAAGGCAACCUGUUGGCUCUUUGCAAGCGCAGCCAAAGAUUUGAACUCAGGACGACCAAGAACAAAUCCAGCAAGUGGUCAGAGCAGGACUUGAACCCAGGACAGCUAGAUUGUUAGUCUGACACGCUAACCACUCAGCAACACUGCCACCAGGCAAGCCUCAGGGGUUUCCUGUUUUUGUUAUAAACUUGCCCUUAAAUGUCCCAUCCCAGUUACCUGCCUCUACAACUACUACCACUUCUACUGCUACAGCACUAGGAGUUCAUUAUAUUAUGAUGUUCUAUUAUUAUUUAUUUGUUUUAUUUAAGGUCCUCCAUACACGACUGAUCAACACUUGGUAGACAACAGUGGCAAGUUACGUGUGCUGGACAAACUGCUUUUCCGUCUCCAGCAGCAAGGCUCCCGAGUGCUGAUAUUCUCACAAAUGACAAGAGUGUUGGACAUCCUGGAGGACUACUGUCUCUGGAAGGGCUAUGACUACUGCCGUCUGGAUGGACAGACACCUCAUGAAGAAAGACAGUCACAGAUCAAUGCCUUCAACAUGCCAGACAGCACCAAGUUUGUUUUCAUGCUGAGCACCAGAGCAGGUGGUCUGGGAAUUAACCUGGCGACAGCAGACAUAGUUAUAUUGUAUGACAGUGACUGGAAUCCUCAAGUUGAUCUCCAAGCCAUGGUAUGUUGCUGUUGUUAAUACCCCUAAUGUUAGAUAAGUAGCUUUUGAGGUACCUCUCCAAUCAAACUCUGCUGGAAAUUGGCCACAAUUCAAUGAUAAAUGUUAUUGGUGUUAUACUGUUGAUGUAAUAUUAAUUUUAUUGCAUAGUCAGAAUCACUUGUGAAUUAAACGUUCUACAAACAAAAAUGAUCUGUGCAAGUGCAUGCUUUUCUCCUCCUACAUGUAGUUCACUUUUCUGCUGUUAGACUCAUAAGAAAAGCCCUGUCAUUGUUAUGUAUCCUACAUGAUAAGUAGGAUGCAUAACAAUGACAGGGAUUCUCUUAUGAGUUUUCAUGGAAGACCAAAUACUACUGGUCUCCCAUGAAAAAGAAAGAAUCCACUCUGUUUUUUGGAAAAAGUAUUGGUCCUAGACCCCAGCAGUGUGGGUCAAUCUUUCAUAGGGGAGGGGACUGUCAAAGACGGCCUGCAGUAACUUGCUUCACACUGUUGCAAUUACCCCGCCAGAAAUUGAUGAAUCUAUUACCUCUACAUCAAAGACUAAGUGAAGCGAAAUCUUCUUGUAUGAAAAAAAGAAACAAAACAGUAGAGUCUAAUGUUGUCCUUCAUGUCAAGAGAUAAGGUUAAAGCAUGCUAAGAAUGUUGUCAGUGUGUAACAGCUUUUCCACUUGUACUUGUACAUACAACUCUACAAAUUGUGACUAUCUUUCUCCGACAUUCUCCCACCCCAUCCCACAACAUCCCAGCCCAUGAGUUACACACUCACUGUGUAAUCAACUCAACUCAACUUUCUGUGUUGCUUCGUAGGACCGCGCCCAUCGUAUUGGACAGAAGAAACAAGUCCAUGUGUUCAGAUUUAUCACAGAAAGCACAGUGGAGGAGAGGAUCGUGGAAAGAGCAGAAAUGAAACUCAGGCUUGAUGCUAUCGUUAUUCAACAAGGUACACUACAAAUCCUCUCGCGUCAUUGAUAUUGAUUUAAGCCUGGUUUUUGAAAACUUUAUUAAGACUCAAUCCCGGAUUUCAAAAUUUUGGACUCAUUUUUAUUUCAAGAGGCAAGAAUAGUGUUCUGAGGAUUGAGUUAGGACUGUGAUCUUACAUUUGAGUGAUGCCAUGCUUUUGAUGAAGUAUAGAUACAUCUGCUUGUAUUAAUAGUAGAAUAAGGGGAAAUGACUCUCGUUCUGUCUAUUCUCAACUAUGUACAAUGAUAUUCAUGCAUAUCUGCCAAAAAAAAGCAUCACAAAAGAAGAAUUGAUAUUACACUGCUAUCUUUUAGGACGUCUUGUUGAUCCAAACCUGAAGGUCAGCAAAGAUGAAAUGUUGAGCAUGAUCCGACAUGGCGCUGAUGCAGUGUUUGCUUCAAAAGAUGAAGAAAUUACUGAUGAAGACAUAGAUGCAAUCUUGAAGAAAGGAGAGAAGAAGGUACUGUAGAAGUGCUAGCCUACUAAUUUGCUUGUUGUGCUGAAUCCAUUGUGCUCGCUACUUUUUCAGGACUUCUAUUUCUAUAUUUACUGUUUUCAAGAUACACUUCACAUAGUGCCAAAACAGAACGUUUAAAAAGCAACACUUAUCAAACGUUCUCACUAUAAAAUUAGCCGAUCAGAGCAGUCCACUGAACAGCAUAAAUUUUAAUGCACUUUAUAGGUUUUUAUGUUGUUGACAGUCAGACAGACAGAGCUAAAUGUUUUCAUUAUGGAGUUUAGUUUUCGUUUGUUUGAACUCAAAGUAGUUAUUAAUAUUUUUAUCAAAAGUCUCGGAAAUCUGUCCUAUUAUAUGAGUGUAUUGAAUGCUCCUUUCAUGGUUAGAAGCAAAGAUGUAUAUUUACAAAAAUUUCAGUUGUGAGGUUUCAAAACCUGACAUUUUGUAUCAAGUUGUCCAAAGUGGAUGUCUUCAUAGUACCACCCAGCUUGAUCCAUAACUUUGUCAAAAAUUUACCAACAAUGUUUUGUUUUUUUUGUUGUUGUUUUUAGACGGCUGAGAUGGAAGAAAAGAUGAAACAGUUUGGAGAAGGGUCACUGAGAAAAUUGGCCAUGGAUGCACCAACAGAGAGCAUCUUUCAUUUUGAGGGUGAAGAUUACAAGGAGAAACGAAAGGUGAGGAAGGGGGUGAAACCUUUUUUAAUUUUAAACGAUUUAACAUGUUCUUUCCUGUGGAAACUUUUAUUAAGCUGUUGAAGGUGACACCUCCUAACACUGGAGUUCAGUGUUGUGAAAAUUGGUAAUAAUAACCCUCCACGCGACAAGAGUGACGAACCAAAGGUUAUGAGAGUAAAAAUGGUUACCAAAGGGAAAGUGCUUUGAUUCUCUCAAACAAUCUUAUAAGGAAACGUAUGGAGAUCAGUGUGGAGAAUUUUUUUGCGGAUAUUGGGCCUUAGACGAUGAAAAUAAACUUUACUAGGUGGGGGGGAAACAGGGAAAAGUUUGUGUGUAGCAAAAUUAGUGAGAAGUAAGGAAUUUUUUUCAGGGGUUUCAAAAGAAGUUUUGCUGGUUUUUUUUGAAACUCCAAAUCCUGUAAUAAUAAAGAAGAUCGCGUCAAAACAUAAAAAGUCCAAAAAUGGAAGCAGGAAUAUUCAUGGCUUACAAAUGAAGCUAGAGGAAAAGUGACAAGCAAUUUUUUCCAUCAAAAAAAGUGGCAACCCUGAUAAAGGGCGUAUGUCUGCGUUUUCUGUCGAAGCUUAAUUUGUUUUAGCCCACGAAACUGACUCAUCUGUUGUAAGAUCGUUUAAAGUGCUCUUUUGAUGUCUACUGUUUGCAGUGGCAGAUCCAGACCUUCAGGUAAGGGGGAGGGGGGGGAGGGGCGGUCUCAAAAAAGAACUUUUUUCGGCCUUUCGGGCCUCAGUUAGGUCUAAAAAUAAGGGGGCGCCCGGGCCUCUUGGGCCCCUCGGGCCCCUGUCCUGGAUCCGCCACUAGUUUGUUACUAAAUAUUUUGCAAAGUUAAAUUUCUGUUGUUUUUUUUUUUGGUUUUUGUUUGUUUGUUUUUUCCAAUUGAAGACCGGUGGUAUACAUCACUGGAUUGAACCCCCAAAAAGAGAACGUAAAGCUAACUACGCCGUGGACGCCUACUUCAGAGAAAUGUUGAGAGUCAGCGAACCAAAAGCACCAAAGGUAAGACCUCACAUGUCAAACUUUCUAGCUAGUGUGGGAGUCUGUAACCUGUGUUUAACUUGAUAACAGACAUCCAUUUUAUGGUCAAUUGACAGCUGUCAGUACAAGGUAUCCGCUGACCGGUGUCACAUGACCGUAUCAGGGGCUCCGGUACCUUCUCGCGGUCACGUGUUUUUUCAAGUUUUCCGCUGAGCAGUUCUUACCUUUUAAUUGAUGGCAGGGUCAAGUUUACGUUUUUCAGUGAUACAGUUCUCCCCUAAAGUUAAGUACAGGUUUGUGGAUUUCCUUGCAAUGGUUUAAAAGUCCAUUGUAUGAAGUAAAUUUAAAAUUCAUAAGCGGGAGCUUCGCUUUUAGCUCGGGCUUAAUCUAUAUUUUCUCCUUGAUCUGUCUGAUGCAGGCACCAAGACCUCCAAAACAACCAAAUGUACAGGACUACCAGUUCUUCCCGCCAAGACUGUUUGAACUUCUGGAUAAAGAGAUAUAUGCCUACAGGAAAAGUAUCGGAUACAAGGUGGGGACGCUUAGCAAUGAUUUCGCUUAUUGUUGACACUAUGGCCUUUCCCUUUUUGAAGAAGCUCAUUGAAGACUUCCAUGCAGCGGCCCCUUUUUGACCCCGUUGACAUCGAUCCAGACAAAUUUGCGAACGGAUGAGCCUUUCGUUCACACGACGCCCGUGGAACAGUGCAAGUUUUUGAACACCAAAGUUUGUAAACAGUACUGCAAUCUGUAACAGAAUUUGGACCGGUGUAAACGGAGUCUUUGAGUACCUGAAACUUAACUUGCGCAAAAAUCUCAGUGAUCUUAAAGUUGAUGUCUUAAGUUGAUUUAGUUUGCCGUUCAGGGAAAGGACCGGGUGGAGCUGUAGUCGCAAUUCUUUCGUUCUCAUAGAAGUGGCGUGCAAUAGAAAUUUUGGAUCAAUUUAGGUUUCUGGGAAACUGCCCACCUACCCCUCCCCUAAGUCAACAUUAACACUUACUUCUCACUUAGGGCAAAACAUUGGAUUAGGAGAGGGGUAGGUGGGCAGUUUCCAGAAAACCUAAAUUGGUCCGAAAUUUUUGGGUCGCUGUCGCUUUUUGGUGUACUUAAUAGUUUACAGGCAUGAGGAACUGUCUUUCAACUACGAUGGAGUGUUAUUUCGGUGGCGGAUUUUCUGCAGCGAAUUCCCCAUAUGACUGAAGCAAACAGCUCUUGGCCGAAAACAAUUCCGCCCAAAAUAGAGCAAUGUUUCUUUUUCUAAAAGGAAAUUUUGUCAUGAUCAUCUGUCGAACUCAAAACUAUUGUUUGGUUAGGUUCCGCGUGAUCCUGAGGACCCACAAGGUGCUGAGAGGCAGAAAGAAGCUCAACGGUUAAUAGACGAGGCUGAACCGCUUAACGAGGAGGAAGUGACAGAAAAAGAACAACUGUUACAAGAGGUACAUUUGGUUUGAAAAUUCAUUUUAUCUUUUGUGGUAAACUUUUCAGGUAAUAAUGAUCUUCUACAAAGCGAGAGGUCGCGGCAUUUAUGCCUGGCCUAGACUACAUCAUAAGGGUCUUGGAAUAAAAUCCAAAGAAAAGAAGGUGGAGCUUUAGCAAUGACGACGGCGAUGGCAGUGAAAACGUCACUUUUAACUGGAUUCCUUUUUUUUUUUCAAACUUUUCCCGUUUAUUUCCAACUCGCUUACAAUGUCAAUGUAUGUGAGUCUCCCUGCAGUUAAUUUCUUGAGGUCCAUUCCAAUAGUUCAGAAAAGAGAGAAAACGAACUUCUCGUAAAAGUAAAUUUCACGUCUUAGUCGUGCAGUGACGGCGAAGAAAUGUACCAAAAAGCGUGAUGCACGUGCAGAGCUGUUUUCUUAUCAAACCUAUUCAAUUGCUUUUUUAUGUUCUCGUUGUGGUCGUCUUUGCUGAAGAUCCCUAAUUCUGGCCUCUCCAGUAGGCUACUGUCACUUCACAACUAUCUUUUUCUUUACGUAGGGCUUUACAAACUGGUCUAAGCGAGAGUUCAACCAGUUCAUCAAAGCUUGCGAGAAGUACGGUCGAGAAGACCUGGACAACAUUUGCCAGGAUGUGGAAGGAAAGACUCCAGAGGAAGUAAGAGCGUAUGCUACAGUGUUCUGGGAGAGAAAAGACGAAAUGACGGAUAUCGACAAAAUUAUGGCGCAGAUUGAGCGCGGAGAAAGUAAGAUUCAACGGCGAAUCAGCAUAAAGAAGGCGCUUGAGGCCAAGGUAGGAAACUUUUUUGUUGCUGUUUCACCUUCUAGGCGUCAAUGAUGUAAACAGGUUACCGUAAAAUUCCGAAAAUAAGCCCCCCAAACCGGUAACGCAAAAAACCCUCCGUUAAAUCGCCCCUCCAAAUAUAAGCCCCCCCCGCGGGCUUGUACUUGGAAAAUUGCCCUCAAAUACAAAGUAAAACAAAGCAAAAACGGUAAAUUUACUUCCAACUGUAAGGCUAUAUUUUGAAACGCAAAUUUCCCACCGUAGAUAAGCCCCUCCGAAUAUAACCCCUCCAAAAAUAAGCCCCUCAAAAAAGGCCUUUGAAAAAUAUAAGCCCCGUGGCUUAUUUUCGGAAUUUUACGGUACAUGUAUGUUGUAAAUUUGAGUCUAAGUAUAAUUCUGUAUUGUUGUGUUCACAUGAAAGCUACUGAGCAGGACUUUCACAUGGUGCUUUUUGUUUUGAACUUGGCUCUAACUUGUAAAAAUUUUGGACGAAAUUGUAUGGAAAAGUCCAUUCUCACAUAAAACCAGUAAUCAGCCUAGUUUGAUUCUGAAUUUCCUUUAUUUCCUCGCCCUAAAUAUUUACAAGAAAGAAGUGAAAUCCUGGUUUACAGUAAAAUGGAAAUGAAACCCUUGUUAGUACUUUCACAUUGUGCUAUUCGUUUUUUUACGUGGUUCUAACUUUGGUGUCCGUCGAUAAAAUUCUAUAAUGUUACCAAUUAAGUGGAAUUUCAUCGGCAGUACCUUUCGUGGUGUCAUUUGUUUGUCGGUAAUUUGCUCAAGUUGAAAUUUUCUAAUUUUUUAUUCUUGCGACUUUUGGAAUUUAAAUGAGAACUAAAUGUGAUCUCUCUGCCCACUGGAAGAAUUUUGAGGUAAUAUUUAACAUGUUUAGCGAAAAGCAUUUUAAAAACGUAACAGUCUACCCACAUUUUUGCCCUUUGUGCUAACUGUAUUUUGUUUCUUAGAUUCAGUUUCAGUUGUUGUUGUUUUUGUUUUUUAUCAGAUGGCCCGUUAUCGCUCUCCCUUCCACCAAAUGAGGAUCGCCUACGGAACAAACAAAGGAAAGAACUACACAGAAGAAGAGGAUCGAUUCUUGGUUAGCUCAAAAAUCCUUUUACAUCCCCUUUUUCAAAGUCUGUAAGGCUAUACAUUAUUUUUUGCGUUUGUGUGAUUCCUGUGCGGCGGUUACUGUAGGGCCUAUCUGAUGUGAAACCUAAAAAAAACUCCCGCGCAGAAAAUUAUGAUAAAUCGCAUCUGACUUCGAGGAGACAAGGAUUUCGCUGACACAAAUCGCCAUAAAUUGCCGCUAUAACCUCUAAACUCGAAUCAAAGCAUCCCACUUAAAAUCCCCUUUUGUAGCAAGUGAUACGGUUGCUUAACAUUCUAAAAGGGACAUGUAGCAGCUCUCGUAGCCCUAAAAGCCAAUUGGUUCAAUACCGUAACCGUGAAAUAAUAGGAAAUAAUGAUAAGCAAUGAUGUGUUAUUGUUUUCUGCAACCAAUGUGGAAACACCUUACGAGCAGCUCCUACAUUACUCUUGUAAAAGGGACUAAUUUCUUUGUGAUAUUUCACCGUCAGAUUUGUAUGCUGCACAAGCUCGGAUUUGAUAAGGAGAACGUGUAUGAUGAACUGAGGAUGGCGUGCAGAAGCGCACCACAAUUCCGGUUUGACUGGUUUCUAAAAUCCAGGACAGCACAGGUGCGUCUCAAUUGAAUGUCGUAAAAUCAAAACCAAAGGUACUUCUCUGGCCAAUCACAGUACGCGCAGGCUAUCGGUUGAACCAAUCAGAGCUGGAAACGCGAAGCGCGGGAAAACGCAUGUAAGCAGAUCACGAUUGUGUUUGAUAUUCAUCCUGAUUGGCUGUAUAAUAUGCACGGGUUUACUCAGCCAAUCAUAUCGCACAGCGAUACUGGGGGCAAGCCUUUGCUAAAUUUCUAUUGGUUGCAGAAUUUGGCAGUUGUUUUGAUGCUUUUUGUUCACAAUUGCAGGAGCUUCAGCGUCGUUGUAACACACUGAUCACUUUGAUCGAAAGAGAAAUGAUGGAGCUCGAAGAGAAAGAAAAAGCCGAAAGAAAGAAGCGAGGAAAAGGUGCUGGCGGGACACCCAAGGUAUGCUCACAAAAUUAAGACGGCGACGUUCUUUUUAUUUUUCUGAACUUGCGUAUAGUCCUUAGAAAUUCAAGUCCAGAAAAAUAUCACCAACAUUUGACAAUUUGAACGAAAUGGAGUAAAAACAGCGCUAAUUCAUUUUUUAACUGACGAUUUUGCUACUUCGCCGUCGGGGUUACGAAAGACAACGCAAAUGCCAGGACCAGUUGCUACAUAUAUGACACGCAAUAUCACAAGCUUAGCACCGGAAAGUUAAAGCGCCUAAUGUGAUGGAAACCUAAGUUGUAAUCCUUUCUUUUUAGUUACAAAAUAAGCUUUCGCGCCGACUUUGUUUCUGCCUUAUGUCAAUAUUCGCCGCAAAUGUUUGAAAAAACUAACAUGCGAUUUUUCUUUGUUUUUGUUUUUGUUUUUUUCCAGGCUCAAACACCAAGCAAAGACGAAAAGAAACGAAAAGCCGACGGGACGCCUGACGGUCGUGGCCGCAAAAAGAAGAAACAGUAG